UGGGCACUUCUAAUCUUGUUGCAUUUACCAAUGAGCAUAUUGAGGUUCUUCAACACCUAAUAAGUCAGAGCAAGGGGCUUGCACCAUCAACUAGCCUUACUGCUCAAACAGGAUUUGGAUUCAGGGAGGAUGAUUGGCAGUGCUAAGCAAAGUGGUGGACUCUAUCUUCUGGAACAUUCACCACAUUCACCCAACUCCACCAACAAGACAACUUCCAGUGAGAGUCAAUUCAACCAUAAGUUCUUAGGGAGUCUUAGUAGGAGCCAAUUUGAUACUCAAAUUCAGUUAUGGCAUUAUCGUCUUGGUCAUCCUAAUGUCUUGUACUUAGAAAAAAUAUUUCCUUCAUUAUUCAUAAAUAAAAGUUCUGCCUUUGAUUGUGAAUUUUGUCAACUUGCUAAACAUACUAAAAGUCACUAUCCCAGUCUACCUUACAAACCAUCUAAACCUUUUUCUCUCAUCCACAGUGAUGUUUGGG